AUGGCUAGUAGUUGGAGUAGCAGUGAAAAUGUAAAUGAUAUUACAAUUGAUGAAAAUUCGUUAUCAGAGGAUCUCCUUCGAGAUAUCGAAUUAUUUUCAGAACAUAUUAAUAGACUACGAAUUUCAUUAGAUUCGUCAUCAUAUGUACCAGAUGGAGAAUCUAAAUGUGUACAAGUACACGCAGCAUUAUCUAUGGUAUCACAAUCUGUUCGCGAUCUUCUAGUUCGUUAUCCACUUUUCAAAACAUCUCAUGUUCUCAUACCAACUAGUCAAUUGGUACAUAGUAUUAAAGAGAUUAAUUUUGCCGAUGCCGUAUUAGAUGCAUCAAAAACGUUAGCUUGCAUUGACAAAUUAGAAGGAGCUGUGGGAAAUACAUUGAAACAAAGUUUAGAUGUCUCAAUUAGUAUGCUUAAUAUAACUAAUAAGAAUAAAAGCGAACCGGGAAACACAAAUCGUUUAGUUGGAAAAUAUUCAACACCAACAAUGAGUUCACAAACACCAAAACCAUCAUCAAAAAUUCCAUUAAUUAGAAGACAUUCAUCAUUUAAACAUAAAUUUUCAUAUGAUAAUAAUAGUCCUCUUAUUCCUGGUGAUAAGUUAGAUGAAUUUUUAGCUGAUCAAGAAGAUGGAAUUAGUGUAGCAUUUGAAUGUAAUAAAAAUCAAUCAAAACAUUUUAAAGAUAUCAUAACAUAUAUUAAAAAAAGAAUUGAUCUUGAACAUGAACAUGCAUCAAAAAUUAUGGCAUUAACAAAAGAAACUCGUACUGCAUUUAAAAAUGAAAAACAUUUACCAUUAUUGGAACAUUAUAUGGGAUGUUUUGAGUGUGAUCUUAAUUUUUGUGAAAAUGUUUAUAAAGUUUAUGAUUCUAUAAAUGAUAAAGUUAAAGAAUUUGAAAAAAAACGUGAAGAACAGGAGCAUUUUAAAAGAUCAUUAAAAAAUGAAUUUUCUAAAGAUAUUAAAAAAUUAAAGGAUUGUGAGAAUGAAUUGAUUAAAGCUAGAAAUGUUUUAGUAUCAAAAGAAGAUGGUUAUAUUAAGGCAAAAAAUUCAACAUUAAGAUCAGAAAAAAAUGUUAUUUCAUUUAGUUACAGUAUUGAUCCUAAAAGAAGUUUAAAAGAGAUGGAUAAACGCAAAAGAAAUGAAGAUUCAGCACUUGCAAAGGUCGAUGAAGCAAAAAAUUAUGUUAAAAAGAUGGAAGGUGAAAUGUGUCGUAAAAUACAAAGCGUUGAUAGAGCUAAGAAAGCUACCAUAAGUCAGUUACGUGAACUUAUCUAUCAUUGUGAUCAAUCAACAAAGGCUUGUUCAAUAUAUUAUUUUCAGGCUCUCUCUGAACUUUGGGACUCUUUACCUGGUACAUAUCAAGAGUUGUCAGAUGCUAUAAGAAAUUACACUCCUGGAACUGAGUACAUGUCAUUUCUGCAGAAUCUUCCUAAAAGACCCCUUUCGACAUCAUCAGGUCUAAGAAAAAACCUUGCAAAGUGUGAAAGUGAUGAGUAUCUUUUAAAAAAUAACUCCAAAAAUAAAAGUUUAUUUGGUGGUGAUAGAUUAUUUGGAGACAAUGAAAUAUCAGCUGCUGUAGCAAGAAGAAGAAAUGCUCUUAAUUUAGAGGACCAUCAUGCUAUUCCGUUAGCUCAUACAUCAAGACGUCAAAAAAAAAGCAUGAGUCGACUUUUUGAUAGUAAUAUAGACGAUCCAUCGGAAGCUGCAAAAUCUCAUAAAUUACAAAGAGUCCGCCAACCAACAAAAUGUUCAUACUGUGAAAACAUUUCUCUUCUUUCUACAUAUCAAUGUACUAAUUGUGAUACAUUUUAUCAUAAAACAUGUUUAUCUAGAUUAACAGCAUAUUGUAGUGAAGGAAGAAGAACAUCUAUAUUUGGAAUUCCACUUGAAGGUUCAUUAUCAAUUGAAGAAUGUAAAAUUCCAUUUAUUCUUGAAAGAUGUAUAUAUGAAAUUGAAAUUCGUGGAAUGAGAUGUAAAGGUAUUUAUAGAACAUGUGGUGUUAAAAGUAAAAUUGAACAAAUAUGUGAAGAUUUUGAAAAACUUGAAACAGAUAAAGAUGUUAAAUUAUGUGAUAUUCAUCCUAUGAAUGUUGCUUCUGUCAUUAAACUUUAUUUAAGAAAACUUCCUGAACCAGUAAUGACAUUCUCUUUACAAAAAGAAUGGAUUAAUAUUGCUAAUGCAAUUAAUCCUACUAAUCCUGAUUUAACAAAAUUAAUUGAAUGUUCUAAAAAACUUCCAUUACCAAAUUAUACAACAUUAAAAUAUCUUUUAAUACAUUUAAAUCGUGUUACAUGGUAUGAAUCGGAAAAUUUGAUGAAUGCAUUUAACUUAGCUAAUGUUAUUGCACCAUCAUUAAUGUGGACAAAAAUGCCAAGUCCAAUAAUUCGUAAAAAAUCAUCAAAUUCAAAAGAUAAAAAAAUAUUCUUAGAUCAUGCAACAUUAUAUUCUGAUGCUCAUAAUCAAACAAAAGUAUUUGAAUAUUUAAUAAAAUAUGCUUAUGAAGUUUUUGGAGUUGAUAUUAAUGAAGACAAAAAACAAUUUUUUGCUAAAUUUCCUUCUAAUCGUCUUGAUGAUUGGGAUGAACCAACAACAACAACAGAACUUAUAGAUGAAAUAGAUGAUAUUGAUGAUAAAGAUGCUUUUGGAAGUGAUGGACAUUUAGAAUAUAUUUCAUCUACUAAUAUAUCAUCAACAUCUAAAAAAUCUUUAAAUAAUGUUUUAUCUGCUUCAAAUUUUGUAAAAGAAUCAUUGUCACAAGGUGAAUUAUUAUAUAAAGAUGAUAAUAAUACUAAUGUACCUUCAUCUGGUAAAGUUGAUAGAUAUUUAUCGCAAAAUAUGAUGUCAAAUAUUGAUAAAGAAGAAAAAAAUCUUCCUAGUGAUAAAUAUCCAUAUACAACAUCUAUUUUAAUAGCACCACAAUCAGAUAGAAAGGUAUAUUAUAGUCAAUCUGAUAUGAUAGCAGAAAAUAUGUCUAGUCCAGCAACAUCAUCAAGUGGAAAAAUACAAUCAGGAGAUGUUACAGUUGAUCAUUAUAACAAAUCAACCUUUUUAAAUCAUGGUAAAAUUGACAAUCAUUCUAAAAAUACUCAAUUAUCUGCCGACAUUCGAAGUUCCAUAAAAGGUCCUUGUUCAUAUGAAUCAGAUAGAUGCUCUUCAGCCAAAGUUACAUCAAAAAAAUUUGACUCACAAUCAUAA